ACUUUGAUUAACACCGUCACUGACAAAACAAUUUUCUCUGUAUGGUCUCCUUUAGAUUUUCAAUACGUGUUUUUAAAAAAAAUACUGCCAGCAAAGGUAUUUCAAUGGUAAAUUAUGCCUUUUCCUUUUGUAUAUUUAGUAGGCAAGUAACAUAUUUAAAGAUGAGUGAAUUUUUGAAUCUUGUACAUGACAUCAAUUUCUUUUCAUAUCUUAUUUCCUGUUGACCUAACAAUCUUUCCAAACAAUGUUAUGAUAAAUCAAAGGUGAUAUGCAGUUUUGAUAAGGAUAAAUCUUUAUACAACUGCCUGUCACAAAAACAAUGAGGCACGAUAAUAGGUUAUAGAUCUUUUGGACAGUUGUAGAAAUCAGUUUCAUGUUCAAACAGUACGGAAAAUGGCCUUUGGUCCAAGUCACCCGUGGUGACCAAGGUUCCCUUCUCAGCUAGUCACGUUUUCCUGCAUUUGGCCUGCAACCCUCUGAAGCUGAACACAACAUUCAAAAGCACACAAGAUGCCGGAGGAAUUCAAGUCAGACAGAAUCUACUGUACAAACAGGAAUAACCAGUUAACAUUUUGGGCCGAGACCCUUCAUCAGCAUCAAAAAGGAAGAGGGAAGAAGCCAGAAUAAGCGGCUGGGGGGAGGGGAAGGAGUACAAGCCAGCAGAUUGUUUAUGAAAGAUUUCCAGCAUUCACAGAAUCUCUCGUGUUUAUGAAAAUCUGCCAGCUUGCACUCCUUCCUCCUUCUUACCCUGGUUUCAGCCCCCUUCUUUUCCAGUACUAAAAAUGUGCCUUGGCCAGAAACAUUGCCUUUUAUUCUUCUCUAUAAAUGCUGACUGACUUUCUGGGUUCCUCCUGAAUUUUGUGUGUGUUGCCCUGGAUUCGCAGCAGGAUCUCUUGUGGUUACAACAUUUCAUAUGUGACCUCACACUUGUUUUAUAAAAUCUGUUAUGUUUUGUAACUCCCAAACAUGAAAUUAAUUGAUGGAAAAACAAGGAAGCUGAGAAUGUGAGUCUAACGUCAUUUUUACCUUAACUGAGGAGCACACAUAUCAUGUAGUAGUGCCAUGACAUAAUUCAUGUAUUUUUAUAGAACCUGCAAUGAAUUAUUUAAACAAUAAAGAACACUUAAUCAAACAAUAUGUUUACAAUAUUAUCCAAUUAUUACUGAAAUGUUUGGUUCCUUAAGGUUGUUAUAGCCUUAAGAUGAUAAUGGGUACAUAUCACGUUCCCAAUUGUGUGUGCUUCAAAUAGACUCUGAGAACCAAGUCCAGCUCCUAGCCUUCAGGUGUAGCUUAGCUACCAAGUCCGGUAGAACUGCUUCUACUGACAAGGGGUGAAGGCGGGUUACUGGCACCUUAAAACCAAUCACUUCAGGCAGGUUGGGCUCGUCAGCUGUGGUUGGCAGCUCAUCUAUGAGAAGGAAAACUGAUCUCAAACCUCUGCAGCCUUGCAGCUAUACCCACUGAAGGAAAAAUCUGGAGUUGGAGUCCCAAGAGCAGUCCUAAAUUGAGCUCAUGCCGAAUGGCUACUCCUGUGAUGCUGCUGGUGACACGUUGUGUCAGUCUCUGCCAUUUCUUUGGGUUCAUCUGAUGCGUGGGGGGGGGGGGGGGAGAGCUUGCUACAUGGUCAACAGCUUACUCUCUAUAUUGUACUGCCCAGGCUUGCAGACAUCUUUCCUGUUAAGGGAGAUCACUCUGCUUUGCAGGCAAAUCUUAUGGCCUUGAAACAAUGUCAGUUCUGGGGCUUUCUCCGUGGUUGUCGUAGGAGUUGACUCUGAGACUGCAGGAAGUGGUUCUGACAGCUCUGGCCACUUUUCUUCUCCAGCAAUCGACUUCACUUCCUCCACUGUUUGAUGUGUCAUCUCCAGAUGGUAUCAGAUGCAAUCUCCACUGUGUAGAAGAGUGGUCCAGUUCUGACCUUAAUCUUUCUGAUUACCCAAUUUUGAUCACCUCUGUCGUCCCUUGCCAGGACUGUUCCACUCCUGGACAUGCAUCAAACUGCUUGGUUUCAGGAGCCUUCAAUUGGUCUCAGCUGUUGUCCUGCAUCCUCCUUCUGAAACUGGGUUUGAGGAGAUCCAAGCGUGAACAUAAGGGACGACCCAGGAACAGCAGAGCAGGUGGAUUGUUGGUUGUGGAGUGUGCUGCAUUGCAAUGCACUAAGAGAAAAUUGGCAAGCUUCUGUUUCAGUGUUUGUGAGGUGUGUUCUCCUGAUAUUGCUCACAGUAUGUCUUUUAAACUCUGGGUGAACCAUUUGUAGCUAGGUGGUAAAUGUAACAUGCCUUAUUCCAUUCAUUUUCAGGAAUGACAAACUGCUCCACCAACAACUGUAGUCCAUGUCAUUGACUAGGUGUUCUGGAACACCAAUCCUUGCGAAAAAGGCUUCUUAACACAUCAACAGUGCAGCCAGACCUCUGCCUCCAGCAACCCCCCUCUUUGUUGCCCUAGUCUCUGGAGCUUUGUUCUUUAGCCUCUGCCUAAAUGCAGGUAGGAGAAGAACAGCCAAGUGAUCACAUUUCUUGAAAUGCGAUCUGGCAUGGAACGGUAGGUAUUCCUUCUCAUAGCAUAACAGUUGCCUAGUGUGUUGGGACUUCUGGUAUUACAAGUUAUAUGCUGAUGGUAAUUGGGCAGGGAUAUCUUCAAACAAGCCUGGUUGAAGUCUCUAAUUAUGAUUUGAAAUGAGCCAGGAUGGACUUCUUCUUGUUUGGAGACGGCAUCAUGCAGUAUCUCAAGUGCUUGAUUCCAGUCAGCUGCUGGUGGCAUAUUAGCUCCAGUCAGGAUCAUGGAUGAGAACUCCCUGGGUAACUAGAACAGACAGCAUUUGUGCUCUUUGUCGGGGGAGCACGAAGCUCAACAAAACUGCUAUACCAGAGCACCACUGAGUUUAUCAUGAAACACACACUUCUACCUUUUGUCUUUUCCGAAUCAGCAGUUUGGUCCAUCUUGUGAAUCGAGAAGCUUUUGGGUCUGAUUGCUGUAUCUGGCAUGAAGGCUAUCCAGUCCUGUGUCACUCUUAUUUUUCUUUAUCAGUCCUUUUUAUUGAGUUCCGAGUAGAUAAACAUAACAAUGAUAAUGAUACAAAGAGAUCGGGAUUACAUUAAUAAUGGUUAAUGUAUACAGAAACAGACUCUGAGUUACACGUGUAAUCUAAACCUCCCAAUCUCUUAGUAACUAAACAUGAAAAAGAUCCAAAGAAUCUUUUUUUAACAAGAGAAAAAAAGUCCCCCUAAACUAAAAAAAACUCUUAUCUUAAUCAGAUUUUUCAUCAAGCUUGCAGAUUAGUGCUGUUUUUGAAACUGCAACUUGACUUUUUAAAUCUUUUACUCUUUCCUGUGUAGUCCAUUAAUUUUUGUCUGUCUGACAUGCUCUUUGUGUGUGUCCUACUUUGCUGCAUUUUUCACAAGUUUCAACUUUAAACCUGCAUUGGUCUGGUGAAUGGGAGCCCCUGCCACAACGGUAACACAAUUUGUUUGGCCAGGCCAUUUUCUGUUUAGACAUUCAGUUUUGUACACACUUUCAUUUCUGAUUAUACUCAAUUGCAUCUCUACCUGCUGUUUCCAUUCAUACAGCUAUUUCAAUUGCUCUUUUAAAGGUGAGUUUGACUCAACUAGUUAAGAGCAGUUUUUGAAUGUUUUCUUGUAAGAUUCCACAAACUAAAUGAUCUCUCAGUGGAUCAUUAAACACACUACCGAACUGACAAUGCUCUUCAAUUCAGCCAUGGAUGCUGAAAGGGACUUCCCUUCCUUAUGAUUCUGCUUAUGAAACCUAAAGAGUUCUUCAAUGGUUUCAGUUUUAAAUGGUCCUGCAUUGCUUUCACAACAUUAACAAAGCUGCUUUGGUUGGUACAAAUUUUUAAGCAAAUCGUAUGCCUUUAAAUCCAAUGCACUCAGCAAAGCCGGUAUGCAUUUCCUAUUGGCUAUUUAAUUUGGUUCAAAAUACUGCAGGUCAUGGGGACAGAGGGGCACAGGGUAGGAACAGGUCACAGGGGUGGUGGAGUCCCGUGUGAAAGCAGGUCAUAGGGACAGUAGGAUGAAGGGUGAAAGCAGGUCAUGGGUACAGUGUGCAAUGCAAACUAGUUUAAAAGUUUCAUUCCUUGUUUUUUCUGAUUUAGCAGCAAGAGGCACUAUACAUGUAUUAAGAGGUACUUUAAUAGGUAUAUAAAGGGACAAAAUACUUAUCCACACUAGCCUCUGUCUUCCAAUGUCUUUUUGUCUUCAGUUUUUAUCCCUAGUCAAAAUCCAUCCCAAGAGAAGAUUCCCUAUUUGCACAAACAGAUUGCCCCUUUUGAUAGCCUUAAAGACCCCCCCAUUUUAAAAAAAAGUCUCUCCCAACCUUUGGCCCAGACACAACUUAAAAAAUAGAGACAGUGAGUGUGAGAGGAAAACAUUUUUCACCUGGUGCAUUCAAAAUGGAGACAAAACAUUGGUCAGUAAUGGGGAAAACAGGCUGUCACCAGCACAUUGUCUUACACAUUGUAGCAUGCACCACAGGAUCAAAUUUAACUCUUUCCUUAUAGGGUGGGGGUAGGUUAUGUUGACAGUGGGGUGCAGGGUGGGAGCAGAUCACAGGGAUGGUAGGAUGGAGAGUGGGAGCAAAACAACAGAUUCCACGACACGUGUCAGUGAUAAUAAAACCGGACUCUUAAGAGUUUGAUGGGAGGGUGGAUGUAACUGGAGAGGUAAGUUGGUGUUCAGAGAAGGUUGCGGGGUGGAUCAUCAGAAUAUAUGGAAGACUAAGACACAGGAGUGAAAUUAGACCAUUUCGCCCACUGAAUCUGCACUGCCACUCAAUCAAUUCUGAUUUAUCAUCUCUCUCAACCCCAUUCUCCUGUAAUCUUUGACACUCUUAAUAAAAUCAAGAAUCUGUUCACCUCUGGUUUAACUACAACCAUGAUAGAACACAGAAUAGUACAGCACAGUACAGGCCCUUCGGCCCACAAUGUUGUGCCAACCCUUAAACCCUGCCUCCCGUAUAACCCCCCCCACCUUAAAUUCCUCCACAUACCUGUCUAGUAGUCUCUUAAAUUUCACUAGUGUAUCUGCCUCCACUACUGACUCAGGGAGUGCAUUCCAUGCACCAAACACUCUCCGAGUAAAAAGCCUUCCCCUAAUAUCCCCCUUGAACUUCCCACCCCUUACCUUAAAGCCACGUCCUCUUGUAUUGAGCAGUGGUGCCCUGGGGAAGAGACACUGGCUGUCCACUCUGUCUCUUCCUCUUAAUAUCUUGUACACCUCUAUCAUGUCUCCUCUCAUCCUUGUUCUCUCCAAAGAGUAAAGCCCUAGCUCCCUUAAUCUCUGAUAACUCUCUAAAUCAGGCAGCAUACUGGCGAAUCUUCUCUGUACCCUUUCCAAUGCUUCCACAUCCUUCCGUCCCUAGAUUCACCACAAUCCGGCUAAAGAAAUUUAGUUCUGUACUGAAGGGACAUCCUUCUAUCCCGAGGCCUAGACUUGCCCCGCUACAAAAACAAAACAUCCUCUUCGCGUUCACUGCAGGCCUUUCCAUGUCCCAGACGUUUCGGGGAGAACGCGGUCGGUUGGGGGGAGACGAGCGGCCGCCGGCAGGUUGUCGGUGAGCGCGGGGGCCGGCGAUAAGGGAAAGGGGGCGUCCGAGGCCGGAGAUACCCGCGAUUCGGGCGCCAGACAGCAGACGUGACGUGACGGACCGGAAGCCCCCCCCCCCGCUCCCAACCACCACUGAUUAUGACGCGACAGAGUCCCAGUCAAACACAAACUCCGUCUCGCAACGGGCGGCGGCGAGGGAUCGAUCGAGCCCGGCGACCAUCUCUUUGUUUUGAAAGUAGCCCAGUUUGAGUCCUCGAGCGAACGAGUAGUGCGUUUCCCCGAGGCGGGAUGGGGGGGUCAGCCCGCAGGGGAACCUCCUUCCGCUAUGACACGGACGGAGCUUUCUCUUUCUUUAUUUUCCUCCCGAUGUAGUGCUUCCGCCCCAGUGGAAGAAACGCCUCCGUGCCUCAUUAUCUUCCGAGCACGCUGUCGGCCCACCGAGAACCGUGUUGUGAUUCCUACCAGCGCGGGGAGGGGGAGGGAGAUAGAGAUUCGGGAGCGCGCCUGCCCCCCACGCCCCGCCCCGCCGCCGAGUUUCUUCCUCUCGGCCCCCCGCCAGGAGGGGACCCGCUCAUGUGGAGUUUGGCUGCAUCUCCAACCGCCGCUUACACGUGCAUAGAUAUAUAUGGGAAAGAAGAAGGGGGAGGGUGAAACUCACUGUCGGCCCGAGCGAGGACGCAUGAAGGGGAGAGGCGAGCGGCUGCGCUGCGGAGGAGAAGGGGAAAAGAUGUCUUCCGCCCGGCGGUCGCCCGAUUGUCGGCAGACGUCUCCCCCCGCUCGGGAGACAGGCAAAAGCAGUUUGUCAAAACGGAUUGGAGACUGGGCGUAGUGACAUGACGACACUUGGAGAUCCAAUAAAGGGAGUGUAUCUUUGUAAAUUUUCUGACUUCCUUCAUCCUACACCAUGGUGGCAUGGGAAGCAAGGCUAUAUUCUUAUAUUUAAAGUAAUUAAGGGUAGAGUGAACCCCGUGACUGAAAAUUACACUUCUGAUUUCACCAGUCCAACUCCUGGCUACGACUGCCAUAUCUCCACAAACAGUGAGAAGGUUUCUUCCAAAAUCAGCCACUUUCAGGCCUUUGAACUGACACAGUAUUACUUGUAUGAGUUUGAACAGUGUGAUGUUCAGUACUGUCCUAGACAAAUUUAUCCCUACGCUGUUGUAGCAUUUCGGUACUGUGACUACAUGUGCAUCACGGCACAGUCAAGAGAGACUGGGAUAGAUGCUCCUAAAAUUGAAGCUGUGCACUAUUAUCCUUGGAAAGGAAAACUCAUCAACAAAUCCAAAGCAGUCAGUGUGGCUCUGAAGUCGAGUGGCAGUGCAUUAAUGCCAGUUACUUUACCACCGAAGCUUGAAAUUGAAUAUGUGAUCAAGAUCAGUGAAUUGAAAGCUAAAUUGCCACCAGCAGUUUUUGAAAGAAAAAAUUACAUGCUAAAAGAAGUUUGUUUGGAAGGUUUAUAUUGUAGUUGGUAUGAGCUGGUGGAAUGCCUGGAAGAAGAAGACACCCCUCAAUUGGGUCCUCUAUUGAAUGAGUUGAAGGAAAAGAACUUGGCAAUUGUGAAAUGCCUACAGGAUCAGGGGUUUCUCAUAUUGUUCAGCAGAUCCGUUGCCAACUCUACUAGAGAGAGCAGCAAGACCACCGAGUGCACCGCACAGGCUGUGUUCAUUUUUAAAUCACCGAGAAUCUCUCACCUUAAAGAUGCAGGUCAGGUAAGCCAACCAAGACAGAGCUCACCUUUCUCAUCCAAGAUAUCUCCACUUCUUCCUGCUGUUAAUUAUGCAGUGGCAGAAGGUCUGAGAUCUGCUGGCAUUCAGAAGGUUCCAUGUAACAAAUUGGUUGAAGAUCACCUCAACAAGUACUUUAUAAUGACGCCAGACAUGCCUCCAAAUUCCUGCCAAAUGGGCAGGAAAGCAGAGUGUAGCCUUCCACCUGUUGCCAAUGCCACAGCGUGUGAUGGGGAGCCACUUAUUCCCGGAAACUGCCGGGAAUCGGCCAUCUCCCAACUUUCUCCCUACCUUGGUGACCCUGCAAACUACAUACUGUCUGUGUCAGCAGUUUUGGAACUUCAGGCAAAAUGCCUCAAGCUGUGUCAGAAGUCUGGCGCCAAGGCUAUGAGCCCUACUCAUGCAUCAGUGCCUGCGUCCAACAAGGCUGCAAUUGCCUUGGAGAACACGGAGGUGGAAGAACAAAGUCCCAGGAGCAGGAGCUCCCUGGUGGAGAAUAUGUUUCCUCGUUCUGGGAGGAGGAAGAAGGCACAGAAGCAGACAAAGCCACCCAUUAGAGGGGUACGCGCAAACGUCAGAAAAACCAGUGUAACCAACAAACCAGGUGCUGGUAAGACUUUCAACAAAAGUGCCGGUACAAUGAAAGCUGAAAGUAAUUUGGUGUCCAUUAGAGCGUCGAGCAGACUGGCCGCCAAAGUGGAUAAGCCAGGUUCAGACAGUGGCAGCAACCAGACUGCAUCUUUGAGUCUCUGCCAGUUGGCCAGGCCAAGGUCUGCUAGCGGUAACAAAAGAGCUCUUGCAGAGCCAGCCAAAGAUAAGUCCCUGGAACAGCCUGCUCCUCCCGAAGUGAAGGCAAAGAGAAUGAAAGCUACCAAGGUGCUUUGUAAGAUGGGUUCUAACCAAAUUGCAAAGGCAGAGAAAGCUGCCAAUGACUGCUGGAAGGAAAAGCUUAGCCAGCAGCAUAGUGAAACAGGGGUGAACACAGAGCAGAUUUCCUGGAACUCUGUAGAAGGCGAGUCUGCUGUUAACGCACCAGCCUCCCUGCAGCCUCUGUGCCUGGUUGUAAUCCCAAAUGAAACACAGUCAAAGAAAUGUUCAGAUGAAGGAAAUGGCAACUCACAGAAGGAUACUGAAACCAAUGUUUUGGAAACAGACGCACUCAAUAUUCUUGCUGACCUUGCAAUUAGCUCAGCCAUCGCAGCGCUGCCAAAAUAUAAACAGAAACGAUCUGUGUCAUUGAAUAUGGCAUCUGGCAAGGAUACGUCCAAAAAGACUGGUUCUGUUAGGAAUAACAAGCGAUCAAAUUGUUCUGUUGAUCUGUGUGCAAAGAGCAGUGCUUGUUUGCCUGGCAUAGAACCGAGUGGACCAGAAGGCCACCAGAAAGGAGCUGGAGAAUACUCCAAAAGUCCACUUGUGACUGAGAGUUUCUCUUCAGGCGCCACAUUGGCUUUUCCCAGCCAAGAAGCAUUUGAGGUUCCCAAAUCUCCGGCCCAGGUACAUGAGGAGGAGGCUCCCGGGUCUUUAACUGCUCCGUGCAGCUCACAUGUCUUGGAUGACCACUCAUACUCCCGGCCACCGAGGGACAGGGAGAAUGUGUACCUGGCGGUCACUAACCCAGUGUUGUCGAAGAAGGAAGAUGUAGUUUAUCAGUCUAUGUCAGUGACUGUGGAGGGUGAGAAGAGGCAGCCCACCGCAUUUGAGCAUCAGGGCUGGACUCACCCUGAGGCUUCCUCCAGAGAUGAGGAGAGAAGCUAUGAGGAAGGGACGUUAGUUGGAAGAGUUUUGCCUUUCCGGCGCGAGGACAGUUGGACCAAUGUUCGGGAUCCUGACCCAGAUCCACAGAAGGAAAAUGAUGCAAUAGCAAAGCAUCCUCAGGUACCUGAUGAUAAGCCGACAGAUCCGGUACAGGGCAGGGGUGAUGAAGCUUUCCAGCAGUCUCGUUGUGUACAUGAGGAAAAGAACACUGUGAAGGUGACAUUUCAAUGGAAUGGGCCAUAUCUGUACCAGUGGGACAGCAAGUACACCAAUGACCCACUGGAGAAAUCUGUGAAUCGGGCCCUACAUGGGCUUUGGGAUCCCACCAUCCAAGAGACCAUGAAAGAUGUGAAGCUUAUCCUUCAUAUGUGGAUUGGGCUUUUUUAUACCAAGUCUAGUACGAUGCUGCAGAAUUCCAUGAGGCAUGUACAGGAAUGCACUGAGUCUCCAGAAGCAGUGGGAGCAGGCGAUUUGCACGGAGAGUCAGUUGGGGUUCAGGACCCUGCCCCAGAUGAAAAUGACUCUGAGUCUGUUGUUUCAGUACAACAGCAGGAGCCGGGAGCAUUGGAGUCUGUAAUUAAGAGGAUCGAGAAGAAUUCAAGCCUUGGCACUUCCUGUGACUGCAGCACACCAGUUUGUGGGGAGACACUGCCCUGCGCCAGUCCCUGCUCAGAGGAAGCGGGCAGGGAGAGUGACAUCAAUGAAACCAUGUCAGAGUCAGCAGCACAAACUUGCAAGGGAGAUCUGGUAGAGACUGCGAAGAGCUUUGCCGAGGAUGAAGAAUCUGGCAGUCAGGAACCUUUGGAUGAUGUGAGUGAUGCUAGAGUAGAAAAUGGGAGCCAAGAGCACAAUUUGGUCCAGAGAUCUACUCCAUUAUCAGAAGAAAGGCAUGCAGCAGAAACGAUACAAUACCACGGCGUACCGGAUAAUGCUGCGGGAUGUGUGUUGGAAAGGGAUGAGAUGGCUCCAAGCCCAGCUAUCAGUCAAGCUGAAGUUACUCAGCAAAUUGCACUGGAUGGAUCUGAAGAGAGCUGGAGUUCCUCAGUGACAACAUUGACUUGUCCAGUUUUGACUGUGGACAUGACUGGAAGUGUGAAUAACGAGGGUCAAUCUGCUACUGAUAGUGACCAGCUGGGAAUUAUUCGUCAGUCUUCAGUAAUCAGAGAGCUACACUGUACUAAGCCCCAAGCUCAGCCUCCUUCUCAGAGUAUUGAGCUGAACAGUGCACCUGCUUCAGGGGGUUGUCAAAAGCUCAAAUCAAAGGAAAGUGCCCUUAACAACAUAGGGUCUGAUUAUGCCAGUGAUGAGGAAAAGAGAAUUUGCGAGGACGACUUGCAAAACAUUGAAGGCACACUUUCAGUUGAGGGAGACAUGUCGCAGGAUAAAUUUGAACAUUUGAACCCUAUUGAAGCUGGUACAGAAAGCUUUGCUUCUACAAAAGAUGUGCAGCUUCAUUCUGAAACUUCAGAAGUCAACAGUCAUGACUGUAACAGAAGCUUGGAUGCCCGUAGUCCUAUGGAUGUUACAGGUAGGGCACCGGAGAAGGGAAUUACUGGCUCCCAUGUUGAAAAUCCUGCUGGUGUUCAGAGCAGAAGUGAAACAGAAACACAACACGAAAGAACCAUUGUGAAAGAGUUUGUGGGAGAGGUGGCGAUUUCAAGUGAUUCCGAUUCUGAAUAUCUGGACCAGAUGGAAUGUGUGCCCUCUAGUGAUGUCCAUAGAAACCUAAUGGAACCUAUCCCCAGUCAAAAGCAUUUGGAAAAGCAGGAUAUUCACCAGGAGGAGGAAAUUGGAUCACCGAAUCACCAUGACAACUUUGACACUGAAUCUGAAGGACUUGAUUUCAGCUGUGAUCCAUCUCAAAAAGCAUGGGGUUCCUGUGAAGAAUAUUCUUCCUGUGAAGAAAGUGCUAAUAGUAAAAUUGAUAUGAGUGCUAAAGGCUUCCUGGAGGAUGAUGUGCCCAGGAUUAGCCACAGAGCAAGCUGUCAGCCACUGAGAAGGAAAGGAAUACGCUGCAUAAAGAGAGCCUGCUACCCUUCUAAUACGGAUUCAGACUGCGGAAGUUUUAGAGGGAAAAGGGGGGCAAUCAAUGGUUCUCUGCAGCUGAGACAUGCAGAAAGGAAUUAUUUAGCUCACAGUUUUGACAAAGAUGAUGAAUGUUACGAGAUGACUGACUCUGAUGUGCAUACACCUGUGCUCAUUAAAAAUCCAAACCUUUUGGGCAGACACCAAGUCUUCCAAAAUCUCAGCAUCACAUUUCAGACAAAACCCACCAGGUUGUGCGCGUGUGAAAGAAUCACAAGGACGUUUUACAGUUCCGAAAGGAAAAACUUCCAUGCCAGCCCACCUCGGCUUUUAAUAGAGUCUGGCACAAGUGGCUGCAGUAGUCCAAUUCAGGACAUUAUAGAUCUGGAAUUUAUCCAUUUCUCGCAGAAGGUUAAACAGUUACUAACCAGGUCUCACACUGCACCGUGUACAAGCAUCUUCUCCAUGAGGCAUGGCCGUAGGACAGCUCUGGAGAGGAACAAUGUCCAAAGAGGGUCCAGUGAGAAGAAAACCCCAUUUACUGUGACAAUACCUCAUCAAGUAACUGGCCAACGUAGCACGAGAUGCUCAUGUAAUAAAACUCAAAUGCCAGAACUGGCUGAUAGAGACCAUUGUCCGAGGAAUUGGAGGUAUAAACUACAACAGCGUCACAAACAUGAAAGCUACAGAAUGUAUAAGAAAAGACCAGGAAGUGAAUCUCAUGGCGUCAUUUGCUAUAGUAAUAAGCAAAUGAACAAAAUGCCAAAGAAGCAGUGUCCAACUGCAGAGAAAGAAUUUUUCUUCAUGGAUGAGCAGGCCUGUGUAAUGCGCAAGAAAUGUAAAGAACUUCGAGGAGAGAUGAGGAAACAAUGUGAUUCCUUUCUAACCAGUGUCAGCAAUAGCUUUCAACAGAGCUUGAACGAAGUAGUAAAGGAAUCGUGGAAAGCCAGCUGCAAAUUUUACGUUUGCGAGACAAAUUCUGAUCCGUUCUUUAAGGAAGUUAAGGAUUUCCUAAAGAAAGAAGGUCAUGUGGAAAUUAGCCUAUCAGAUCUCUCCAUGAUACAGCCAUACCAUUCGGGUAAAGUGCUUGUGAUUAUCCGGAAUGAAGACAUUGCAAUGCAUUUGCAUCAGAUUCCUUAUUUGGUGAAGCUGAAGCGGAUGCAAUGCGUUCAGUUUGCUGGAGUGGACAGUCCAAGAGACAUAAAAGACCAGACCUUUCAAGAGCUAUUUAGUUCAGGAGGCUUUAUUGUCUCUGAUGGGACUGUGUUGGACAAAGUGACUCCUGAAUACUUGCAACAGAUCUCUGCAGUGCUGGAGAAACUUGACUUCAAGUCUAAGUGGAAGUGGAUGGUUCAUUUCAGAGAACUCAAACGGCUGAAAGAGAUGACAAGGGAGGAGAGUGCGGCCAGGAGGAAGAUUUCCCUUCUGAAUCAAAAGGUGGAAGAGAAUAUCGUGGAAUUUCUCCCUUUCCAUGGGUGUGAUUCAAAGUCCCAGACAAAGCCUGACUAUCUCAGUUGUCUUAUGAAGCUGCAGGUUCAGAGAAUAAGCUCCCGGUUUGCUGUGUUUCUCUCAGGUAAACCUGAAAACAAAGAAGUCUUCACCCAAAAUGGAAUUAUAGUUUUGGAUAUAAAUAAUGUCACCAAGGAGUUAAGAAACCUGACCACUCCUUUACAGAGUACCUAUAUUACAGAAAAUGCUAUUCGGGCUAAAGAGCAUCACACUACUGAGACCCAGUUGGGAUUGUUCUUUGGGAAAAGCACAAGAAGUCAAAAUUCAGAAAUGGAUCAAGAUGUGUUCUGAGUUGUAAUUUCAAAUCGGGAUGCCAAAGCUUUAGUUGGGUGUGUGGAGGUGAGGAUGGGGGUUGGGUAAGUCUUUUUGGUUUUUUGGAAAACCAGAGAAAACAAUUUCCCUGUAACUUGUCCAUGCUUGUUUAUUUUCAUGUCCUAUCUUUUCAAUGUCCAUUGCCUUUCAGGAUUUUUGCCUGAUCUUAGCAAACAUUUAGCUGAACAAUCUCUAACAAAACUUUGCAAAUACUUGUUCUGUUAUUUUGGGUACCUUACAGAAAAAAUGUGCCUGUUUCAAGGGUAAGAGGAUAGUCUAUCUCGCUAUCAAACUUCAGAUUGCUCGAUUUAUCGGUUCCCCACUUGGGCAAGUAUAGUUGAGGGGUUCAGAGUUCAAAGUAAACCCACUAUGACUUCAGAUGCAAAUGACAGGAGGUUUUUGGAUGUACAGAAAUAUUUUUCCACCUUCUCAGCAGGAAUUUAGAUGGGAUUACAAUAUUUUGAUUUAUUGACAUUCGGUAUAAUAAAAUCCUCUGCUGAUGAAUAAUCUCAUUAUCAAACUGCAAAACAUUAGAAAAGUAUGCAAUUGUUGAAAUAUUUGAAAAAUAUUUUGGUAAAUGCUAUUUGUUUUGUUUAUGUUUAAUACUGGUUUUUUAAAAAAAUAUUUAUAAUGUUUUUUUUUCCCUUUUGUUAUCCCUGCAUCAGGCAGUUUUUUUCUUCCUAAUGGUGAACUCCAUGAGUUCAGUGUCCUUUCAUUUAUUCUCUCCCCUUCUGUUAAAAAUAAUAAAAAAAGUUGGAUAUGUUAAUUAGAAAUCACUAAACCAAAACCUACUUCAGAUUUCUUAACUGAUUGCCUUGUCAAGAAUAGAAGUAGAAAAGUAAACAAUAUUCUUUGGUGUUUGGUGGAACAGUAUCACAUUCAAUCAACUUUAUUUAUCAGCUGGAUGUGCUUUUUUUUAAAACCCUUAAUGGUUCACACUAAUUUUAACCAUCUCCUAAAUGGCUGAAUGUAUUUUUAUAUUUAUUUGUAAACAUGUACAUAUUUAAUGGGCAUCAGAAUAAAAAAAACUGUAUUUCAAAAAUGGGAAUAUUGCAUUUUUAGUAAAUAUUGUUAAAAUAAAAUUCUGAACAACUAACUCUUGGAGUAUUCUGCUUUGUGGAAGAGAUUUCUCUGUAUACAAAAGAAUUCUCUGAUUGUAGGUUGGACCAGAGGCCAGUCAGAAUUAUAUUCUUCACUAAUAGAUCAGAUGAACAAUCUUCUAUGCAAUUAAUCUUUCUUUUUCUUUUUCAAUCUUUUUAUUAAAUUUCAUAUAUAAAAAAAACAACACAAAAUAAUGAAUAGAUUACAGAUUCAAUAAACUUGAGAUUACAUUAGUAAUAGGAUAAUAAUAUCCUAUUAAAACAUCCAUCAACAAAAGGUACAUAAAUCAAUCAAGUCUAUAUAAAUAUAUAUGAAAAAAAAAACAAAAAUAAUCGUCGAAAAAAGAAGAAAAAAAAAUUGAAAUUAUAUAUGAGAAAAAAUAUAUAUUGAAAAAAAAUACUAAACUAAAACUAACAUGGGCAAUAAUAGCACUUUAUAAAUAUAUAAAGGUGUCAAGAAAAGAACUCCAGAACUCCAUACCUGAACAAGUAUAAGUAGAGAAAAGGAUCUGAAAUAAGCCAAAUUAAUUCAUAUGAAAGUGUCGAAUAAAUGGUCCCCAGGUUUCUUCAAAUUUAAUUGAAGAAUCAAAGAUAGUGCUUCUGAUUUUUUCCAAACUCAGAUAAGAAAUAGUUUGGGAGAACCACUGAAAUGUAGAAGGAGGAUUUACUUCUUUCCAGUUUUGUAAUAUAGACCUUCUGGCAAUUAAUGUUACAAAGGCAAUCAUUCGUCUGAUUGAAGGGGAAAGCUGAUUGCCAUCUUCAUUUGGUAUACCGAAAAUUGCAGUAAUAAAAUGGGGUUGUAAAUCGAUAUUCCAUACUGAGGAAAUGACAUCAAAAAUGUCCUUCCAAUAGUUAUGUAAAGUGGGACAUGUCCAAAACAUGUGAGUCAAUGAAGCCACUUCUAAGUGACAUCUGUCACACUGAGGAUUAAUAUGCGAAUAAAAUCGGGCAAGUUUAUCUUUAGACAUAUAAGCUCUAUGUACAAUUUUAAAUUGUAUUAAAGCAUGUUUAGCACAAAUAGAGGAGGAAUUAACCAUUUGUAAAAUUUUUUCCCAUUUAUCUGUUGAUAUAUUACAUCGAAGUUCUUUUUCCCAUUCUUGUCUAAUUCUAUCCGAUAUUUCUGGCUGUAUCUUCAUAAUCAUGUUAUAAAUAAAAGCUACUAAUCCCUUCUGACAAGGAUUAAAAGUAAA